CAGCCAACCGGUUUUGUCCCUCUUUUUGCUAUUCAGCUCUGGAAAUCCGCAGACACAUACACACCUGAGUGUAUAUGCUAACGCUCUUUUCUAUUACGCACGAACCUUUUUCAAGAUGAGACUCUCAACAUUCUUUCAGACCGUCUUCACCGUGGCCGUCGCCACCUCGUCUGCUACCGCGCUGGCGAUCGGGGAGGAUGCCAACGCCCUCAAGCCUCGGGUUUUCAACUGCAACAAGGAAGCCAUCAACGCCUGUGUUGCCUCUACCGGGCAGCAGAGUGAGGAUUGUUUCGGCCACCUCUGCGCCGGCAGACCGCUGAAGAAGGUGGUGAAGCGCCAGGAUCAAUGCACCGAGGAGAACCUCCUUCAAUGCGCCAUAUUGGAUUGGAAUGAGGCGCAAGCAUGCUUCCAGGACCUGUGCCUAUAAUCAACGGCCAU